AUGUAUAGGUUGUGUCCCUGGAUUAUAAGAAGUCUAUGGCAGGCUGGGAAGAAGUAAAACGUCUGGCGGCUGAUUUUCAGCGAGCCCAGUUGAUCAACACGAAGCAAAAAUUAUCGAAAAGGAAUGUGAUUGAAAUUGUUGCCAAGUUGACGGAGUUAAAGUUAAUAGAUGUAAUUCAUACACUGGAUGGCAAGGAGUAUCUCACUCAUCAAGAGUUAGCCAAGGAAGUUCAGGAUGAGUUGGUUGUACAUGGAGGGAGGAUCAAUUUGGUAGACCUGCAACAGAUUCUGAAUGUUGAUUUUCGACACAUUGAAGACAAAGUCACAGAGAUGGUAAAACAGGACCGGAGCCCAAUGUUGGUUCUAGGUCAGCUCAUAGACAGGAACUACCUCGACAACAUGGCAGAAGAAGUGAACGACAAACUCCAGGACAAGGGCUACCUGACAAUGGUGGAUAUCACUAAACAAUACGAUUUACCGUCAGACUUUGUGGCAUCCCACAUUAGAGAGAGAGUUGGAAAUAUUAUAAAAGGGAAGUUCGACUCCCAAGACAAGGAUAUGCUUUACACAGUACCUUUCAUCAACAGAAUGAAGUCGCAGAUAAGGGGAGCUCUUAGUGCCAUCACUAGACCAACUACUGUCACCUUGGUAAUGCAUCGAUACGGAUUCCAAGAAAGGCUCUUCUUCUCUAUUUUGGAGGAACUCGUUCAUACUGGCCGAUUGAAAGGAAGUCUGGUGGGCAGACAAGAAAAGAUGAUGUAUAUUCCUGACAUCUACACCAAGGCACAGAACGAAUGGGUGGACAACUUCUACAGGACAAAUGGCUACCUAGAUUAUGACAAUUUGGUGCGACUGGGAAUCUCUGAUCCAGAAACUUUCAUUAGGAAGAGAUUUAGAUAUGGCCUCAUUGUUUACUUGAAGCGUGUAUGUGUUGGUAGUGCUCUGAUAAACCAAACCGAGGCUUUGAUAGAGGAAGCGGUCAGCACAGACGGGUACUGCGACGUCAUGCCUCUGCUGCCAUCCGUGUUCGCUGAGGAGGACUGUCAUCUGCUGCUCCAGGAGUGCGUCAAGAAGCAGACGGACGCCAUCAUAUGUUGUGAUACCAUAGUAGCCAGUCAGAAAUACAUAUCCAAAUGGAAAGAGUCUUUCAUUUUUCUGGUCACUGAAAAAGCAGAGAAGAUUGUCGCCAUGGUAAGGCACUCUCAAGAACUUCUCGACAUAUUUGAGAAUCAGUUAGAAUAUUUAGUGAUGGAGGGGUCAAAAGAGGACAGGAAAGAGCAACGAAAGAAAAAACAACUUAGUUCCACUAGAAGUGGUGGAGGAAACCGAAGUCGAAAGGUGAAGAUGAAGGCUACCACAAAGAAAUACCUGAAACGUCGCGAGGACCAGGGAGUGGACUCUGACGAGGAAAUGUCCUACCACCGACACUGGAUGUUAGAAUUCAUGUCUGUGGAAGAGAUCGCAGAGAUACUAAGAAAACAAUCUGAAUUGACGGAUUGUCCCGAGAACUUCAUUACUGGAAUUGCUACCCAAAUACAAAGACCAUUAAACAGAGACUAUCAACUGAGUGCUCUAGAGACACUGAGGUCCACAGUCACACAGAGCCCUGGAUCAGGGAAGAGGAAGACCCACACUGACCUACAGGAGAGGAUCACAGGACUCUGGACCAAUGUCCUGCUGUUUGAGAAAGGAACCAAAUCUUUCCCAGAGGAGAUUGAAGUUCUUCUGAUUGAGCAUCUACUGAAGACUGUGUGUAGUGACAUCACAAACGUUAUCGUAAUUGCUCUUGUGAAUGAAUACAUGUUAUACAACUCUGCAAAGGAGGAAACCUUAACGCCGGAGUAUCGGGCCAAGCUGAUCGGUAAACUGCCCGAAAGUGUUCAACAGAAUGCAACCGAAUUGAACAGAUCUCUGAAUAGAACGGCAUUGAAUGAGUUUUACAAGCAAUUAGACGUACUUUGUGGCCCGGAACACCUCGGAAUUCUUCUAAGAAAACCCGACAAACGACAAGAAAGACAACUAAUUUGUAAUCACCGCCAGUCCCUUCUGGAUCAUAUUCAACGAGAAACAGAUCCUGCCAUGUUGCUACACCUGUCCGUAGUCGUUCUGUUCCAGACUUUUACCUCCAACAUCAUUCAUGCCCCAGGGAAAUAUGUCCCCCAUAUCAUUACCUUUCUGAAACAAUACCUAGCUCCAGAGUCCCACCAGUUGCUUGUACGCAUGCUGGACCUGGUUAUUCAGCAGAUGAAACUGCAGGGUGAAGACAAGGAUAGUUCAAAGGUCACAACAGAAUUAGAUCAGCUGAAACCACAGGUGGUAGACGUCGCCAUAAAAACAAAGAAAACAUCACAGAAACAGGAAGAAAAGUGAAAAUUGAAAGACCGAUUCAUUCAUAAAUGUACACGUGUUUCGUAGAUACAUGUAGUACCAGUAUCAAAGAUGUGUUUUUAAAUGUAUUGCCUUUCAUCGUUAAUGAAGGAAGCCUUUAUGAUGAGCCGUAAGUUAUUAUGUGGAAAGUUAUGUGGAAGAUCAAUAGAAUGGUGAACGUAAUUUAUGACAGAUACAUGGACUCUUAUCUUUAUUUUGCUUCUGACAAGGUCACAGGUAUUGAAUUCCAGCUCUGAUGUGUACAUGUAUGUAUAUUCAUACUGUUAAUAUUACUCUACAGCGUUACCAAUUGACAAGACUUUUAUACAUUUACAUUCAAGAAUAAUAGUAUGGCUGCUUUUUUAUUCAAACAAAAAAACCAACAACACUUUAUCAGACAAUUUCAGACUGAUUUGAAUCGUAUAUGUAAUUGUACAGAUGUAUAGAGUGUCGAUUUACCUGAAGAGUCGAGAAAAUGAAUGAAAAAGUCAUCUUAAUAUCCACAUUCCUUAUGAUUCAUGCUCAUUUCAUGUAAAUUUCAUUUGUAGUGGCCUUGUGAUUUUAUUUUUAGAUAAUUGUUAAAGAAUUUUGUUGCAUAUUCCAAUGUUAAUCUUAUCUGCAUAGGGUCUUAGGUUAAACAAACUUGUAUUUACAAUAGCGACGACAUGAAGAUGUUUGCGUAUUUGACAAAUUCUACAUAGCAUGGUUGUUCUUGAAAUGAAUAUUUUUAAGAAUUUUCUUUAUAAAAAUUCUUUGUUAAUCUAUACCAAGUCCUUAUUGUGGCAUCAGGGGUCAUAGUUUGAACUUGAAUGAACAUUGCUCAUUUCAAGAAGGUUGCUUUUUGCCUUUUUCUUUGCAAAAGUUCGACCUCUCCCCUGAAAAGAAAUCUUGAAUACUCGCAUGGAAUGAAUAGAUAUGUAUAUACAUGUAUCAAUAUCGCAUUGGUAUCUCUAUCUUUCCGUUGAAAUCUCUUUUUUUUUCUUCGUGUAAUUCAAUGUUUUGAAAACUUAAUUUAUUAAAUUUGUGUCAAUCAACUUUCAUUGCAAAGCUCGACCUGCAUUGAACUUACUCAAAUGUACACAGAGAUAAUUAUAUUCAUAUUAUCACAUGCUUUCAUCGUACUUUUAUGUCCAGGUUUCUAUUGAGGUUUUUUUUUUUUUUAACAAAUUGCUUCUGAAAUUUUCGGUAUCGAUUGUAUCAUAACUUGGACAGAAACGAACAUCAAAUGCGGAUGUCCCCUUCCCCAAUCCUAUGCAAUUUGAUGAAAAGUAUAUUUUAAAAGGCGUUCUCCAUAAAAUCAAAUAAGCUAAAUAUUGUUUUAAUGAUAAAGGUUUGUACGAUAUCAAUGUUAAAAUUAUUUUGUUGUUUUAUAAAUACACAUACCUCUUAUUCUCAUCAAUUGUCUAUGAUAUACAGUCAACGAACUGUAAUGUUUCCAUUUUUGUUUAUUGUCUGUGAUAAAUAUAUUGGUAUUUAUUAUAACAAAAUUCAAAUGUGAUAUAUGAUCCCUUGUUAUGCAACAUCUUUUUCAUUAUUUUCAUUAUUAUUAUUAUU